CUGUUAAUAUUGUCUGAAUGUGGUGAGCUUGUUUAGAAUUUUGUAAAAUUGUGUACGCAGGUGUAGUUUCUCAUUUCAGAUUAAUAGCCUAUGCAUUACUCAGAAGGGAGGAGUUAGGAAUAGGGAGGGGCUAUUUACUCCAUGCUCUUAAAAUGUAACAUUUCAACAGUGGAGGAGGGACGAAGCUAUGUAAUAGGUACUCUCACAUCCUAAAGGUGAUGCAACUUUUUAGUGUGAAAUAUUGUUAAGUGCCGACAGUGCCAAGACGCUUCAGCGGACCAGGUCAAGUUAUGCAUAGAAAAGUUCCUGGAUUAGCCGAGAAUUAGCACAAAGCAGAGACGCCGCUUCAGCUGGGGUUGCGAACAAACCAACCAACGACCGACCGAACAAGUGAGAGAGUGGCAGAGGAGGGAUCGAGCAAGCCGUGUGGCACAGCCCCGCACCAGACGCCAGUGACCGCCGAGACGCCCUCCGAGCAGAUACAGCAGCAGCAGCAGCAGCAGCAGCAGCAGUAGUAGUAGCAGCAGUAGAGAGUUCCAGGGAGGAAAAGGACUGAGCCACCAGGACGGAACAUCCUCAACUAAGAGCUCCCCCUCUCCAACCCGCAGCUUCCCCAGGAUGGAGGAAAAGCAGUUUUCAGGGAUUCUGAACGGAGCGGUUCCAGGCGAAGCGGUGAAGAAGGAUGAGCCCUCUCGGCGAGGCAACUGGGGGAACCAGAUUGAGUUUGUGCUCACCAGUGUGGGCUAUGCCGUGGGCCUGGGCAAUGUCUGGAGGUUCCCCUACCUCUGCUACAGGAACGGAGGAGGGGCCUUCAUGUUCCCGUACUUCAUCAUGCUGGUGUUCUGUGGCCUCCCCCUGUUUUUCCUUGAGCUUUCCUUUGGUCAGUUUGCUAGCCUGGGCUGCCUGGGUGUCUGGAAGGUCAGCCCCAUGUUCAAGGGUGUGGGCUAUGGGAUGAUGGUGGUGUCCACUUACAUCGGCAUCUACUACAACGUGGUCAUCUGCAUCGCCAUCUACUACUUCUUCAGUUCCAUGACCAACCUGCUGCCCUGGACCUACUGCAACAACCCUUGGAACACCCCGGACUGCAGCGGCGUGAUGGAUGUCCGUCUCAACCGCACCCUGGCCAAUGUCACUGCCGCUGUGGCGGAGGUCGUCAACCGCACCAAGAGGACCAGCCCCAGCGAAGAGUACUGGAAAAAUUACGUACUUCAAGUCUCUGAUGGUAUCGGUUACAUAGGCGAGGUUCGUCUUCCCAUCCUGGGCUGCCUGGCUCUCUCCUGGCUGGUGGUCUUCCUCUGCCUGAUCAGGGGAGUCAAAUCAUCCGGCAAGGUGGUGUAUUUCACAGCGACCUUCCCCUACUUGGUGCUGACGAUCCUGUUUAUCAGGGGGAUCACGCUGGAGGGUGCCUUCACUGGGAUCAAGUUCUACUUGACUCCGCAGUGGUCGAAAAUACUGGACGCAAAGGUGUGGGGAGAUGCUGCCUCUCAGAUCUUUUACUCCCUGGGCUGUGCUUGGGGAGGACUUAUCACAAUGGCAUCCUACAAUAAGUUCCACAACAACUGUUACAGGGACAGCAUCAUCAUCAGCGUGACCAACUGCGCCACCAGCGUGUACGCCGGCUUUGUCAUCUUCUCCAUCCUGGGCUUCAUGGCCCACCACCUGGGUGUGGACGUGUCAGAGGUGGCCGACCAGGGCCCCGGCCUGGCCUUCGUGGCCUACCCAGAGGCCCUCACGCUGCUGCCUGUCUCCCCGCUCUGGUCCAUCCUCUUCUUCUUCAUGCUCAUUCUGCUGGGCCUGGGAACUCAGUUCUGUCUGCUGGAGACCCUGGUCACUGCUAUCGUGGAUGAGAUUGGCACUGACUGGAUCAUCAGAAACAAGACAGUUGUCACCCUUGGAGUGGCCGUCGUAGGAUUUCUCCUGGGGGUGCCACUGACCACACGGGCAGGGAUAUACUGGCUUUUGCUCAUGGAUAACUAUGCUGCUAGCUUCUCGUUGGUCGUGAUCUCCUGCAUCAUGUGCAUCUGUCUCAUGUAUGUCUAUGGGCACAAGAACUACUUCAGAGAUGUGGAGAUGAUGCUGGGCUUCCCUCCUCCCAUCUUCUUCAGGGUCUGCUGGAGAUUUGUGUCCCCCAUCAUCAUCUCUUUCAUCUUGAUCUUCACGGUGAUCCAGUACAAGCCCAUCUCCUAUGGGAACUACUUGUACCCGCAGUGGUCUCUGGCCAUCGGAUUCCUCAUGGCUAUGUCCUCAGUCAUCUGCAUACCCGUCUAUGCGCUCUACAAGAUUGCCAAGUCUGAUGGCGCCACCUUCUGGGAGCGGUUGAAGAACUCGGUGAAGCCUGACCCCUCCUGGGGCCCUGGCCUGCUGGAGCACCGCAAGGGUCGCUACGCCUUAGGAGGACCCGACGGCGUGGAGGUCUGCCCCCUCAAGGAGGACCUGAGGGAGAAGGAGGACCUAAGGGAGGAGGAGGAGAAAGAGGAGAAGAAAGAGAAGGACGCAGAGAAUGACAAGGAAAAAGACAAGAAGGAGGAGAUCAACGUCACCAUCCAGGGCAGCAACGGCUCCACGGCCAACCCCACGGCCAGCCCUGCGGCCAGCCCCACGCCCAACCCCACGCCCAGCGCAUAGAGCCACCUGGCGCUGCCCUCUCAUACGAUGCUACCCCACCACGCCGGGCACUUCAUGCCCUCGGCAGCAAAACCUUUACAUAUUGUAAGGGCUUUCUUGUUUUUAACCUCUAGUGAUAUGAAUUGGUUGACAUCCAGAAGUUUUUUUUUGGUUUGUUUGUUCCCCCCCCCCCAUCCCCCUCCCCCCAUUUUGGUUUGCAUAAUUAAAUGCAGGUUUUUUGUAAAAAAAAAGAAAGAAAAAAGAAGAUGGAAAAAGAGACCGGCUGCAUUUGUGAGCAUAUGCAAGAUGAAGAAAAGAGGUGUUGCAUACCUACUGUAUGUGUUCUCUGUAGCACGAGUUUCCCCCCCCCCCCCCUUAUCAUGUCCUGUAAUCUACAGUUUUGACCGUGAUAGCAGCAGCAAUACAGCUUGGAACUGAAGUAGCAAUGGUGCUGCUCAGUUGAAAGGUGGAUACCAAAUGUUCUUUGUGUCAACACAAGAGACACAGUGAUCACAUCCACGUAGGGAUCCUAGUCCGUUUUGUCCAUCCCACCGGUACUGACCAGCUACCUUCCAGGGUCUGACAGUACAGUUGUUUUGAAAACCUGCUUUAUUAGCAUUCUAAACAACUUGGAACAUAGGGGCCAAACAACAUUUUUGUGUUUGUUAGGUCCCAAAUUUGAUGAAUAUAGGCCUGUUCAGUACAUCUAAGAAAGAUGUUGCACACCAUAAAAGCACAUAGCAAUCUUCAGAUAUACAAAGGAUAUUUGGCUUCAGCUUUUUAAACAGCAGUUUUACUCAUCCAAGCACAUGGCUUCUAAAUACCCAUUCUCAGGGUUCUACAUACUAAUGAAAUCCAUUUGCAACACCUCGUGUUAAUGUGUAAUUGAUUCCAAGUUGGUUUACUUGCAACUUUAACCUAAACAGGGAUGAAAAUGUAGUGCUGGGAAAAUAAAUCUGGGCUUAGCUGAAGCACAGUACAGUAAGUGCCAACCUGUCAUAGUCUUCCACGCAUCUCGACAUGAAAUGCAUAGUAAGAGUGAAGGGAGUGUUCGACUGAUGGGUAAUAGCCAGCUUGGAUAUCUCAGUGUGCAACGCAAAUUCACAAGUUGGCCCUGGUAGCAUGCUUGGGGUGGGCUUAGGGGCAUGUUACCAAAACAUGUUCAGCAUGCACAAACUUUUCCAUCGAUAUAUAGCCCAGCUGGAGGGUGUGAUAUUUGUAGCUUUCUUGUACUCAGAAGACUUGUAUUUGCAUAAGUGUCUGUCACAUCAAGAUGUUUUAGAAGCCGAGCCAACAGUCAGGGCAUUGGACACAGAACAAGCUAAGGCUGAAACCUGGGUGAGGUGUUACACCCAGGGGAGACGGGAGGGCAUCAGUCACAUAUAAUUAAAUUGUCAAGUGUACAUUUUUAUUGUAGGGUGCAAUCAGUAUUUUUUAGUAUUUUUAUUUUAGUUCUGACAGUAGUUGGAAAUAAUACGUCCACUUUGUGAGGAAACUACAUUAGUCUACAGCAUGUUCAUCAAUAACAGUAAUGUUUACCAUUCCUCAUCCACGACUUGAUUUCUCUCUUCUUCUUUUUGUUUACUAUUUGACUUUGUUUUAGGGAGGGGGAUGGGUGUAGUGAAGUUUACCUGAAGAUUUCUUCUUUAGACAAAAGACACCUUGGUUUGUGGUUUAUGUAACAGACUGCUGGAAAUAGGCCAUUGCUAAGAAGCCUCUUCUCUUUUUUUCCUGUAAAACACCAUUUUACAACGCUUAGGGCUGCACUACAGGGGCUCUGUCAAAGACGUGGUCCUUACAGUACUGGCCACAAACUGUGAAUCCUUUGGGGAUGGUGCCCAUUGCCACAGAGAGAGGUAGACGAUGCAAUGCAGCUGCUAUAUAACUAGAGUACUAUGAACUGAUUUAAAUGACCGAUUUUAAUCUUAUAACAGCACAUCUCUGUAUAUAAUAUUCAAUAUACGUGUGACUGACUGCAUAAAGGUCAGUGUCCUCUGGUAGUAGUGGAUGUUAUCUGUACAUUUUUAUGAAGUGUAUCUCUAUGGAAGUAUCAUGACAAGUUAUCUCAGAUGUAAAAAAAAAAAAUAUGAAUGAAAAAGGCAAAAAAAAAAAAGAUUAAAAAAAUAAAAACAAUGAAAAAAAAAAAAAAGAACUUGCAGUCCAACAGGAGGCAUCGGACUCUCAGGGGAGUAGUUAGUGGUUUGACUCUUUGUUUCUUUUGAACUAAAAAGCACAACACUAGUUGUAAGUAGAGCCCAAGAAACUCUAGCUUUACUUCAGAUCGGGAGGAUCCAGUGAAGGAAAAUGAGAGCAGCUUUGGACCCUCUCUGUGUGUGUGUGUGUGUGGAUGUGUGUGUGUUUGUGGAUGUGUGUGUGUGUUUGUCUGAGUGUAGAGGUCCUAGGGGGACUUGAGGAUGUUAUAUUAGCUGCACUUUUUUUUUUUGUAGUCCACAAGGUUAUGGAUAGUACACAUCAUUUGGGCUGUGAGCAACCACAAUGUACAAGAUUGCAAUGGGAUAAGGAUUUAGUGUAUGGAGGCUUUGAUGGUAUUACAAUACUGUGUAUCCACUGUGACAACACAUUUGUCUGCUGCCUGCCUCUGGUUAAAGUCUGAAGGUUCACUUGGGCUGUUUUUUUCCUCUCCUUAAAGGUACAGGCAAGCCAUUCACUGGCAAGCGUACUUUAACUAGAGUAGUGAUGUUGAGAAUCAUUGCCAUGCAGUUGCAUCCUAGUCCUGCGCUCUUCAUUCUGUUCCACUACUUUUCUCCUUGGCUAUCAGUUUCUUGUACAGUAAUGUUCAAAUUAAUCGGACCGGUGUGUGUACGUGUUUCUUGUCUUCAUUGGGGCAGGUUGGGGUUAACACUACUUUAGGGGGGGGGGGACGGGGACUUUUCUUUUCUUUCUUUUUUUUUAAUUAUCGUUUUUUUUUCUCUUGUAGUGAUGUAGCUGGUGUUCAGUGUAAUAUGUGCUUUGUGUAGUCAUUGUCUUACUGCCGAGUUCAGGAUAGUAUCACUAUAGGCUUCAUGUAAUUCUAAUCAAAAUGUAACUAUCCAUAUCGUCAUUUAACAAACGCAGUCUACCUUUAAAACAGAGUUCUUUCCUUUUCAUUUUUUAUGUCCAGAUACUAAAAAAAAAAUUCUGUCUAAUUUUCAUUGUUUUUUUUUUUUUUUUAUCAGUGUUCAGUUGUUCUAAAAAGCCAGCUGAUAUCAAACGUAUUGCCAAACAAAAGCUGUGGAUUGAAACUUGAAAUACAAAGGAAGUCUUUUUAACAGUAUGAUGUGUGACCGCUCCAGCAACCCCAGUGAAGUCCUAUUGGGGAAGCACUUAAAACAGAUGCGUGGAAGCAGAGUACCAGCCAACAGUGUUAUUCCUCCUGCACUGUGUUAGUGCAGUAUUGUAGCACUGAUGUUUUGCGUGGGGCAGUUCCACUGAUGAGUACUGUCCGUUUUUUUUGCGUGGGGCAAAUUCAUCCUGUUCUGUCUGACAACAAAGAUCCAUUGUAUUUUCGAUACAUGUACUUUUAACUUACAUGUCCUGAGCAAAUUGGUGCAUUCGAGAUCAAUGCAAUGCAUGUGUUUGUUGAAUUGUCUUGACAUUAAUGACAUAGUUCAUUUCAAGCCAGGUGGACGAAAUAAUGUUUUUUUUUUAAUAUGACAGUAUGAAUAGGAAGAAUUGAAUUAGAAUCAUGAGUUGUUAAAAGACCCUUCUCAUCAAAGGAAGAUAAUUAGUCGUAUGUUUGUAUUGAUGGGCAACUUAAGGUACACUUCCAUGUUUCCAACGAACUGGAAAGAAACAUAUUCCUCCAUUACCUCACUGCGUGUAGUGUGUUAUACAUUUCACCAGCUCUGUAACCUGACAGUUUAUUUCUACUAAAACUGUGAACUCCCUGUUAUCAAAUGGAAAACUCUGCACACAAGUAACUAGAUCUCAUUAUCCUGUGUCAGCACUUUAAAAAUACAACAAAUCUUAUAUCUCCAAGCAAAAGAAAUUAAGACACCCAGAAAUUGUUCUUCCCUCCUGUAAAAAAAAAAAAUGCCUUCACAAAUGGUUUGUGUACACUACUGUAUAAGUAUUGGUAGGGCAUUUUAUGAUGCCAGUGUAUGUCAAGGGGAUAGGGGAAACAAAGCACAGAUGGUAUGAACACAGAACUUUAUGAAACAUAUCUAACCAUGUCUUUUGAACCUUAGGGCCAAAUUGCAUUGAAAUUGUCUUAGUCAUGUCAGCUGUAUAUCUUAAAAUGCUCAAUUACAUAUGAUAAAUAAAGUUUAUUUUAAAGAUCA